AUGGGGCGCUGGAUGUGUUGCCUUUGCUCCAGAGUUGCAGAUUCGUUGAUGCUGCUCCUGGUUUUGGCUCUGAGCUGUAACCCUUCCACAGCAGCAACAGCUUCUCCAUCUGCGCCCCACAUCAAACCCAGCUACAGUUUUGGCCGGACUUUCCUGGGACUUGAUAAAUGCAACGCCUGCAUUGGGACAUCCAUUUGCAAGAAAUUCUUUAAGGAAGAAAUAAGGUUUGACACCUGGCUUUCUUCUCGUUUAAAGCUGCCCCCCAGCAACCUACUCAGCUACUCGGGCAACUACACCGACGAUGCCAAGAGCUGGCGGCUGGUCGACAUCACCCGGCUGACCUCCAAGUACCAGCACGACCGGGCCGACAAGCGCAUCUGCACCUCCCUGCUGAAGACGAAGACCUGCAGCCUGGAGCGCGCCCUGCGCCGCACACACCGCUUCCAGAAGUGGCUGCGGGCCAAACGCCUCACCCCCGACCUGCUGCAGGGCCUGUCUAGCCCAAUGUUGCGCUGCCCAUCACAGCGUCUCCUGGACAGGAUUGUGCGGCGCUAUGCUGAGGUGCCAGAUGCUGGCAGCAUCUACAUGGAUCACCUCACCGACCGGGACAAACUGCGCCUGCUGUACACGCUGUCAGUGAAUUCACACCCCAUCUUGUUACAGAUCUUCCCCGACGUGGAGGGAUGGCCCUUCCCGCGGUACCUGGGCCCCUGUGGGUGGCUGGUGGUCAGUGCCAGCACCCGGCCCCUGCGCGACUUCUACGGGGCAGCCCCCGAGGUGGCCGCCGACCUGGCCCUCCAGCUCCUCGCUGUCCUCCGCUCCAUGGGCACCAAUGACCUCAACUAUUUCUUCUACUUCACCCACGUGGACGCUGGCACCUUCGGUGUGUUUAGCAAUGGGCAUCUGUUCAUCCGGGAUGCCAGCACGCUGGGAAUCAUCGACAAGGAGGAAGGGAGCCAGCUGAUUGACGGCCAACAGGAGUAUAAAGAUAUAUUUAGCUGUUUGACUGUGGACUGCCAGUCUGCAUUUGUGUCCUGUAACUCCAUCAGAGAGAAGCACAGCCUCGUCAUGGUGUGUCAAGAGCUUUUGCCUAAGCUCCUGAAGGGGAAAUUCCUGCAACCCGUGCAGGAGAAAAUAGACAGCUUCCUGCAGCACUGCACCGAUGGCCUUGCCGAUGACCAGGGUGUCAAUGAGGCAGUUGCAGAGCUGGCAGAGAUCCUGAAGCCUCUGCGGUCAUGUGAUUCCCGUUUUGCCUACCGCUACCCUGACUGCAAAUACAGUGACAAAUACUGA